GCGAGAUUUAGGACCUCAUUUCCCAGAGUGCCGCGGAAGGCCCGCCCGGCUCCGCCCCCUCUACCUGGCCUGUGCGCGUGGCUGGAAGCGCCUCUGGUGCCGGAAGUAGCUGUGGCUCCGGGCAGCGGGGUGGGGUACAGGUACAAUCAACAUGGGUGAGCCCCACGCCUCCAUGAGGAUUUUAGUGACUGGGGGCUCCGGUCUAGUGGGCAGAGCCAUUCAGAAGGUGGUAGCAGAUGGGGCCAGGCUACCUGGAGAGGAAUGGGUGUUUGUCUCCUCUAAGGAUGCUGACCUCACGGAUGCUGCACAGACCCGCGCCCUUUUUGAGAAGGUGAGGCCCACACAUGUGAUCCACCUCGCCGCCAUGGUGGGAGGCCUGUUCCGGAACAUCAAAUACAACUUGGACUUCUGGAGGAAGAACAUACACAUCAAUGACAACGUCCUCCAUGCAGCUUUCGAGGGGGGUGUGCGCAAAGUGGUGUCCUGCCUGUCCACCUGCAUCUUCCCUGAUAAGACCACCUACCCCAUCGAUGAGACCAUGAUCCACAAUGGUCCACCUCACAACAGCAACUUCGGCUACUCCUAUGCUAAGAGGAUGAUCGAUGUGCAGAACAGGGCCUACUUCCAGCAACAUGGCUGUAUCUUCACGGCAGUCAUCCCCACCAAUGUCUUCGGGCCUCAUGACAACUUCAACAUUGAGGAUGGCCAUGUGCUGCCUGGCCUCAUCCACAAGGUGCAUCUGGCCAAGAGCAGCGGCUCUGCCCUGACGGUGUGGGGUUCUGGGAAGCCAAGGAGGCAGUUCAUCUACUCACUGGACCUGGCCCAGCUCUUUGUCUGGGUCCUGCGGGAGUACAACGAGGUGGAGCCCAUCAUCUUGUCAGUGGGUGAGGAAGAUGAGGUCUCCAUCCAGGAGGCAGCUGAGGCUGUGGUGGAGGCCAUGAACUUUCAAGGGGAGGUGACUUUUGAUACAAGCAAGUCAGAUGGGCAGUUUAAGAAGACAGCAAGUAACAGCAAGCUGAGGGCCUACCUGCCUGACUUCCGCUUCACCCCCUUCAAGCAGGCUGUGAACGAGACUUGUAGCUGGUUCACCGACAACUAUGAGCAGGCCCGGAAAUAAAGCAGACUGGUGACUUCUCCCAGGGCCCUGGGGGCAGCCACUCCCACCCCCUGCUAGAAAUGGGGUGCAACCUAGCAUCCUGGGCUCAGACCAGCUCAGAGCAACAAUCCAGUGGGACCACCAUUCAUGUUCAUCCUCAGGGAAAUCAAGGCCUAACCUGGCACCUCACUCUCCACCUUCAGUCCCAGGUUCUGAGUGUGCCCGCUUCUGGGCCUGAUAUCUGUUCCACUCACUAAAACCAAUAAAGUGCAUCCUCACAA